AUGAUUGAAGUGACAUCGUUUGUUAUGGUAUUUUCAAUAAGCAUUAAAAAUAUACCAAAUCGAGUUCUUUCAUGUAAUGCCUGGGUUCCCUACGAUUACACAACAUCACCAAUAAGUUUUUGGUUAACUUAUGUGCUUCAACUUACGGUUCAUGCAUAUGGAGCUUCAAUUAAUGCUGCAUUUGACACGUUGAUACCAUCGUUAAUGUAUCAAAUUUGUUGUCAAUUUUCAAUACUACAGCAUCGUUUUGAAAAACUACCUGAUGUCAUGAGUAAUAUUAAAAAAUAUGAUGAUGAAAAAUCAAUUAUAUUAGAAACAAUGAAACUCAGUGAAUGUGUUGAGCAUCAUCUUCAAAUUUAUCAGUUGAAAUUUUUAUAUCUUAUAACAUCAACUGAUGAAGUUGAAAAAAUUGCUAUUAAUUCAUUCAUCCUGUUAUCAAUGAUUGGUGCUUCUGGAAAAGCAGUUACCGUUGCUAAAAAUAGAUGUAUAAUUUUUGACAUGAUCAUAUUACUCAAAAAAGAUCCAUUUCGACCGCAAACUAUUGCUGAAAAACGAAUUCAAAAUAAAUACAAUGAAAUGAUCAAAUGGGCUGAACGAUGUAAUUAUAUUUUUUCAGGAAUUAUUUUUUUACAAUAUUCAAUAAGUUCAAUUGUUUUGUGUGUCAGUGUUUAUUUAUUAACUAAAAUUGAAUUUAACAGUCUAAAUUUUGCAAUAAUUAUUAUGUAUCUCAUGUGUAUGCUUACUCAAAUAUUUAUACUUUGUUAUUCAGGCAGCAAAGUGACAAUUGAGAGUACUUUGAUUAGUGAUGCAAUUUAUUGUAUGGAUUGGAGUCAAUUUGAUUUAUCAACUAAAAAAAAUUUAAUGAUGGUCAUGAAACGAGCACUGCAUCCAGUUAAAUUUACAAGUGGCUAUUUUGUGACAUUGUCUAUCGAAUCAUUUACUCAUCUAGUUAAACUAUCUUACUCGGCAUUCAGUGUUCUCAAACAAUCAUCUGGAUAA